AUGUCCUCUACAAACGGUAUUCCUCCUGUCACAUUGGCCAAUGUGCCUCCACUCGCUAGCUCACGGUCUGCCCAAGUGGCGAGGGGAGACGGAGCCGCCGGUCCUAAUGCAGGGACGUUUGCAGUCAAGAGUGGUCUUGCCCAGAUGCUCAAGGGUGGCGUGAUUAUGGACGUUAUCAACGCAGAGCAGGCAAGAAUAGCAGAGGAGGCGGGCGCAUGUGCUGUGAUGGCUCUCGAGCGCGUUCCUGCUGAUAUCAGAAAGGAGGGUGGUGUGGCUCGCAUGAGCGACCCAAGCAUGAUCAAGGAGAUUAUUGAUGCCGUGACCAUUCCCGUCAUGGCAAAGUGCCGCAUUGGUCACUUUGUCGAAGCACAGAUUCUCCAGGCUGUUGGUGUCGACUACAUUGACGAGUCCGAGGUCCUCACCCCGCGGACGAACAACACCAUAUCAACAAGCAAGGAUUCAAAGUUCCCAUUCAUCCGAACCAAGGGAGAGGCGGGAACUGGAAAUGUUAUCGAGGCUGUUCGACACUGCCGAACGGUAAAUGCAGAGAUUCGAAAGGCAGCUGCGAUGGGUGAAGAGGAACUCUUUGCAUAUGCAAAGGAGAUUGGAGCCCCGUACCAUCUUCUCAAGGAGACUGCCCGCUUGAAGCGACUUCCGGUCGUCAACUUUGCUGCGGGCGGAGUGGCUACUCCCGCUGACGCUGCGUUGAUGAUGCAGCUUGGAUGCGACGGAGUAUUCGUCGGCUCUGGCAUCUUCCUGUCUGGUGACCCCGCAAAGCGCGCACGCGCUAUUGUACAGGCUGUUACGCACUACAACGACCCCCAGAAGCUUGCAGAGGUUUCUCAAAAUCUUGGCCCGGCCAUGGUUGGCCUGACGAUUACAAAGACGAUUUUGUCCAUGAUUGCCGUCUCCGCACCGUCGCCGUCGCCUCCAGCGAGCCAGACGCAGACCCCGGUUGCUGAUCCGAUAACGAGCAGCAGCAACGAGCAAGAUGAGACUGUUUCUCUGAGCAGGAAUACGUCUGUCAUCAGCACAAACUCUUCGUCUUCGAGCUCGUCCUCGCUCGAGCCACCACCGCGUCCACGGCCCAUCCGCACCUACACCGGCCCACAAGCAAAGAAUGUGCCAGAUGUACUCCCUGCGAGUCCUACGACGCCAAAAGCCACCCAGCGAACGUUUGACGACUACAUGAUGGGCACGACCGUUGGUCUCGCUGGUGGUGUGGGCAGUGCUGGCGGCCCGCGAAGGGCUGGAACUCCUCCUGGGGCUGCUGGAGGAAAUAUUGCAGCUCAGAUGGCACAGGCAAUCGCGUAUAGUGGUACGGGCCUCAAGGUGCCCGGCGCCCUCAUCAAUGGCGGCUCGACGAGCGGGACUACCACCCCCGUUCGAGGCUCUCCGACUCCUGGAACAUCUACUCCAAACGGGGUGAGGAGUAGACAGGCCAGUAGCUCCAACUCGGCGCAGAAUUAUCAGUUUCAAGAUUUUUUGGGAGAGGGGUCGUAUUCGUCGGUAUACACUGCCGUCUCGCUGGUCAACCAACAAGUCUAUGCGAUAAAGGUGAUUCAGAAACGAUUGCUUCAAAAGGAGAAUAAAGUUCGCUACGCAACCUCUGAGAGGGCAAUCCUGUCAAAGCUUGGUGCUGCAAACCAUCCUGGCAUUAUCAAACUCUAUUCCGCCUUUCAAGAUUUAAACUCGCUAUAUUUUGCGUUCGAACUUGCUCCGAAUGGGGAUCUCUUCAAGCAAAUCAGGCGGCUCGGUUCUUUCAACAUUACCGGCACACGAUACUAUGCGGCCACGAUUCUGGACGCUGUCACGUUUAUCCAUAGCAUGAACAUUAUUCAUCGUGAUCUCAAACCGGAGAAUAUCCUCUUGGAUGCCAACAUGCGACCCAAGAUUAGCGACUUUGGUUCUGCAAAGGACAAGUCUAUCGCAGUGGUCACGACAGACGCCAAGUCGCUAAAAGGCUCGUUCGUCGGAACUCCCGAGUAUGCGUCGCCAGAAAUGCUCGUCCCUCCAACGAUCACCACUCGUGCGUCGGACAUUUGGGCUUAUGGUUGCGUCGUUUACCAGUUUAUUGCUGGACGACCUCCAUUCAAAGAGAGCACUGACUACCUCACGAUGAAGAAGAUUCAAGAAGGCAAAUAUUCUUUCCCUGAUGGAUUCGACGACGUCAUCAAGACGCUCGUGGAAGGCUGUCUGGUGACAAACCCAGUCAACCGCACAACCAGCGGCGAUCUCAGAAAACACGAGUUCUUUGCCGACAUUGACUGGGAUACCGUUUGGAAGAUUCCUCCCCCAGAACUGGAAUCCGGUCUUGUCGCAGCGCCUGAGCCUCGUGAUGAGGAAUUUAAACUCCACUGGAGCGAUUUAGAGGCAUCGGAGGAUGAGAUGGAAGACUUUAUCUCAAAGCCUCGGUCGGAUCAAGCGAGCUUGAAGUUGCAAAUGCCUGCUAUGGAGCAGACCCAUGCACGUCAAUCGACCCCGCCACCAUCGCAAGCGGUCGAGCCGCGGAGGAGCAUAGACGAGACUCCUACUCAAUCGCACGACGUCGUCAAAGAUAUGGUCUACCCAGUCUCUGCCGUUGAAUCCUACUUGAAGCAACGCCGGUACUCUCAGCCGACGGAAUCAACAAAGCGAAAAGUGUCCCCGGUAUCAGAUAGGACGACGCGACAGGGAUCACCAGAGGAUCUUGUGUCCAAGCUUCGUCGUUUUAGCUCGAGUAGCGACUCGCAUACGCGACCCAGACGGACAUCGCCCUCGAUGGAUCGUCGGCCUUCGGUAGGUGGCCCGUUGGAAGAGGACGAUGAUUCGGAGAUUGGAUCUGGCGAGGGACCACCAUCGACUGUCGAGCACAACAUCACCGAUGUUGUAACGCAGAGUCCCACGGAUGCUGCUUCUCACAGCCGUGAUGUUUCCGCCAGCGCGGGCUUGAAAGCAGAGUUGACGCAGGCAUCUUUGGCGUCGACUCGGAUUUCCGCGUCUGAGAGCUCGACGACCUCGAAGUCUCCGGAAAGCAGCCCGACGAGUGGACUGGCGACCGGCUUCGAAAAGGUUCGCGGAGCAAAAGGUUUGGAUCUGGGCGAACAGCCAAGUUCCAACGAGAAACCAUGGGUGCUGGCGAACGGGACAAAAAUAUUGUCACAAACAGAGUCGGAACUUUAUUCAUCACCCGUGACCAUUCGCAUCAAGCGGAAUUUGCUCCCACCCAAGCAACGACGCCGUAGGCUAUUGCUCACUUCUUCUGGCCGGCUACUGUGCCUAAAGGAGCUCAAGUCCACCACUGGGAGGAAGAAAGUGCAGGUCGAGGACGAAAUUGGUCUGCGGGCGAGCUCGUCGCCCAAGAUGGCGCCAAAUGAGAGCCAGAGCGAGACUGCGGCUAUCAAUAUUCCUGCAGCACAUUCAUCGGCCCCAGAGAUGACGAGUGCGCCGCCAUCGAGCUCGCCGUCGAAGCGAUCAUCGCUCCUUGGGCUUUCACUCUCGGGUGGCAGUUCGAUUACAUCCACCCUUCCCAAUCUCUUAUUGACUCUCCCUGGGUCUUCAAGGGGCAAUAGUCCUGCUGCUUCGACUUCUACCAGUCAGAACGGCUCUUCCAGCCACUCGUCGUUCAGGCUCUCGACUGUGGCUACAAAGGUCGAGCUAGUUGGAGAAGUGGCCGUCACCGUUCAUACUACAGGCUCGGUGUGCACCUACAUGGCAGAAUCUCCGGUGGUUGCAAAAUUGUGGAUCGAGAAGCUGCAAGAGGCGAUGAAGGCUGCUUAA